CAGUGGGUUCUUCCAGGUCUCCACUUCGCUUGCUUUCCCCCCUUCUCCAUCGCCCACUCCCGAAGGCUUUGGCGAGGCUCCAGUUGGGUCUGCUCCGGGAUCUCUAUGGAGCCCAAGCAUUAAGGGGACCGGGAGAGCCCGCAGCCUCGCCCCUCUCUGCCCCCCAACUGGGCACGCGGAGGAGGGUACAGCCGUCUUCGCCAACCUUAUCAGGAAAAGAGGGGGAGCAGGGGAUGCUGUCUCCGCGACGCCCCCCACUUUGUUUCUGAAGAUCUGAGCAUCAAACGUGCUGUUCACUGAAGCAUGAGCUUUGGACAUGGCCACCCGCCGCUGCACUCGGAAGCCUUGGCUGGCCCCCGGCAUCUCUAGAAUGAUUUGGAAACAUCUUGUUCUCAUCUCCCUCUGGCUGCCAUCAUUUGUUUUGGGUGGAGCCUCCCCCACCUCCUGCCCAGCUGCUUGUUCCUGCAGCAACCAAGCCAGCCGGGUCAUCUGUACACGCCGGGAGCUGGUGGAAGUGCCCGAGAGCAUUUCAAUCAACACACGGUACCUCAAUCUGCAGGAGAACAACAUCCAGGUGAUAAAGACUGAUACUUUCAAGCAUCUUCGUCAUCUUGAGAUUUUACAACUUAGCAAGAACCUCAUUCGUAAGAUUGAGGUUGGUGCCUUCAACGGCUUGCCCAACCUCAAUACACUGGAGCUCUUUGACAACCGGCUAACCACUGUCCCCACACAGGCCUUUGAGUACCUCUCCAAGUUGCGGGAACUAUGGCUGAGGAACAAUCCCAUUGAAAGCAUCCCUUCUUAUGCCUUCAAUAGAGUCCCUUCUUUGCGUCGUCUGGACCUUGGAGAGCUCAAGAAAUUGGAGUAUAUCUCAGAAGCAGCUUUUGAAGGCUUGGUCAAUUUGAGGUACCUGAACUUGGGCAUGUGCAACCUUAAAGAUAUUCCAAAUUUGACAGCCUUAGUACGGCUAGAAGAACUUGAGCUUUCUGGAAAUCGCCUGGACAUGAUCCGGCCGGGCUCCUUCCAAGGUCUGACUAGCCUUCGCAAGUUGUGGUUGAUGCAUGCCCAAGUAGCCACCAUUGAACGCAAUGCUUUUGAUGACCUUAAGUCAUUGGAAGAGCUCAAUCUCUCCCACAAUAAUUUGAUGUCCUUGCCCCAUGAUCUGUUCACCCCUUUACACCGCCUAGAACGUGUCCACCUCAAUCAUAAUCCUUGGCAUUGCAAUUGUGAUGUGUUGUGGCUCAGCUGGUGGCUCAAAGAGACAGUGCCCAACAACACUACCUGCUGUGCCCGGUGCCAUGCCCCACCAAACCUAAAAGGGCGAUAUAUUGGAGAGUUGGAUCAAAGCCAUUUUACUUGUUAUGCCCCUGUUAUAGUGGAGCCUCCAACUGAUCUUAAUGUGACUGAGGGAAUGGCUGCUGAAUUAAAGUGCCGAACAGGGACCUCCAUGACAUCAGUGAACUGGCUCACACCCAAUGGCACACUGAUGACACAUGGAUCCUAUCGGGUACGCAUUUCUGUCCUUCAUGAUGGCACACUCAACUUCACCAAUGUGACAGUCCAGGACACUGGGCAGUACACCUGUAUGGUGACUAAUUCAGCUGGCAACACCACUGCUUCAGCCACACUCAAUGUCUCAGCUGUGGAUCCAGCCACUACAGGUUAUACUUACUUCACUACUGUAACUGUGGAGACUAUGGAUUCUGGCCAAGAAGAAUCAAUUCCCACAAAGAAGGAACCUGGGCCAACACCUUCCCAAGGCUGGGGCAUGACUUAUUCCACUACUUCACUGACUCCUCGCAGCACACGCAGCACUGAGAAGCCAUUUACUAUCCCAAUCACUGAUGUCACAGAAAAUGGCAUGAAAGAUUUGGAUGAUGUGAUGAAAACUACUAAGAUCAUAAUUGGCUGUUUUGUGGCCAUUACCUUCAUGGCUGCUGUGAUGCUCAUUGUCUUCUACAAACUUCGUAAGCAGCACCAGCUUCAUAAGCAUCACGGACCUACCCGCACUAUUGAGAUCAUCAAUGUUGAAGAUGAGUUGCCUGCAGCAGCUGGAGCUCCCGGUGACAGCCAUCUUGCACUUCCUGCCAUUGAGCAUGACCACCUCAACCACUAUGCUGCUUUCAAGGCUCACUACAACAACAAUAGUGGUGGUGGACCCCUCACGUGCUCCAAGAACCCCAUGCUCAAUUCCAUCCAUGAACCUCUUUUAUUCAAGAGCAGCUCUAAAGAAAAUGUCCAAGAGACACAGAUAUGACAGCCACAGCUUGAGGAAAAGGGGAGUAAUUCUGUGGUGGGAGGGCGGCAAUGGAUUAGUAUACGCAGUGAGGAACAUGUUGAGGAACAGCUCCUCCCUCCUCACUUUAAAAACAAACACAAACAAACACAGGUCUUUCCACCACCAUGGCAGAUCUUGGAUCCCAAGCCUCCACCAGUAGAUACCUUUGGUUCUCACCAAGUUAGCUUUUUAUGUUCUCUUCUUUUUUCCUUCUGCAAAACAAGACACUGCUCUCACCUUCUGCCUGAUCUUCCCUUUCUUUUCUUUUCUUUUUCUCUCCCCUUUCCUUUUCUUAUUUUUCUACCAUACUCCCUUUACAUUGGAGACUUUUUUUAUACAGAUGGGGCUGUUUCUGUAUCCAACUACCUGUUGUUUUACUUUGAAAUGAAUGAAAGAAAGAAAAGAAAAGGAACAAUGAAAGUGACAAAGAAGGAAGGGAGGACAUUUUCCUUUCAACGUCAUGAGAAUAAUCUUUAGGAAGAAGAAUAAAACAUAAAACCCAAGUGGAAUGGGAAAGGGAUUUUAAAAAAGUCUUAUUUUGAGCCGCUUUCCAUCAAAAUUCUAUUUUCAUCCAUUGGGAUAUACAAAUAAAUAAAUUAAAUAAAGAAAUGGGAGGUCAUAGUGGUGCCAGGAUCCCCACCCUCACCCCGCCCCACAUUUGGAGCAUGUGGGGAUGCUGGGCACACAGGGUUUCUGGAAAUUUUUUAUGACUAGUAUUAUUACUAUGGGAAAGCAGGCACAGCCAAUGUGCUCCCUAGAGACACAGGGGUAUGGAGGUAUUUUUUAAUUUGUAAUAAUCUGGGGUGGGAAUGUUGGGUUUGAUGGGGGUUGCACUUCUGGCCUAAAAAAAUUGAAAAAGAAAAAAAAAGAAAAAAAGGGCCUGUGGAUUCCCGUGACAUUUUGGGGUCUGGUCUGAGUUUCUUAUUUUAAUAAAAUCCAUAAAGAUGUUUCCAAUCCUCCCUAGGAUGGUUUUUUCAGUGGGGGGAAUAAAUGUGAGCUAUUAUUCAAAUGCAUAAAAUGCAUUUUAAGGAUGAAUUUUGGCAGCAGUACAAAUGUAUGUAGGGGCACGGGAAGGUAUAUGCUAGUACUUCUCUUUUACUUAAUCCCACUCUUCCUGUUCUGACCUUAUUAAGCUAAGCUACCAAGUCAUAAGAGUGUGUAUGUGGAUUGUGGGUUCUUGCGUUCACUUGAUUGCUUCGGGUGUUCCAUUUAUAUUCAAGAACUCAUGCGUAAAAUCCUUCUUUAUUUUCCGCCAGUUAAUGAAGAGGUCAUUGUCUGAAAAAGUAAGAUAGCACAUACUACAGAUUUUGGGAAUGGGGGCCAUCAUAUAUGGAUCCAUGAUUUUCUAUGCUUUCUUUGAACCAGGUUGGUCAUCACACAUGAAGUGGCCUAAUAUCAAUGAGGUAGAGAUGGAGAUGCUGCAACAUACACGAUUUCUCCCCAACACACAACAGGGGGGAUUCAACAGUUGUCAUUUAUACCAUUUUUGUCCAUAAUGUUGUAUAGUGUGAUCUCUGUGGAUAAAUCUGCUUUCUUAUAUGGAGACCCAAGGACUAAGCAUUUUAGGAAACUAAAACAAACAUUAUUACAUAUUAUGGUACUAUGGGAAACCACAGAGUCCCAGCCAUCAUUGCUAAUAGUCAUGGGAAGUGAAAGAUGUAGCCCAACAAUCUUUGAAAGAUCGGAUUUUUCCCACCCAUCAUGUGAGAAGAAAAGUUCCCACAUCUAAAGACUUCACAUUAUUUAAACUUCAACCAGAAGAAAGUAACAUAUGUUUUUUCAAUUAGAUAUAACAAGGCAAUCUGCGGCACCUUCACAAGCAUUGGGACUAUAGUUUCCAACAUUCCCAGUUGGAAAGCUGAACAUUUGGAGAAAGCUGUGAUAGAUAGGGAGACUGAGAACUUUCAAGCUUUCAUGGGAAAAUGCAUCGAAGAAAAGAUGGACAAAAACAUCAGAAGAUUACAUCACAAAAGAGAUCUGGGAAUUGGAGAAGCAAAACUUACAGGAGGCACGAAUGUUUGGGAUAGAAUAGAACCAACAGUCUCCCCAGCCUGAUCUCCUGAAUUGGCAGGCAUUUUAUGUCAAAAGAUGGUCUGAGGAUUUGGAGAGUUUAACACAUCUAGAGGACAUCCAGUUGGAAAGGGUUAUUGUCAUUGUUAUUGUGAGAUGCCCAGAAUUGCUUAAGAAGGUCAGUCAAAGAAAUCUUUCAAAUAAAUAAAUAAAGAUGGUCUAGAUAUUUAAGGAAUAUGGAUUAGAUCAAGUUGUUGAAGGAUUAAAAUAAGGAAUUAUUUGGUCUGUUAUGUUAUGUGAGUGCUAUGAAAAAAUGAAAGUGGGUAAGGGAUGACAAUUUAUGACUAGACAGGAGAAGAUUGCUGUAAUCAAGACCAAAAAAAUUGCCCAAAAUAUGAAAAAGGAGGAUUUGCAAAAGGGUGAAAAAAAUGAGCUAUCCUGUAUAUUUUUUUCUUGCAGGGUUGCACACAGAGAAGUGACAUCAUCUUUUGAUGGUGGAUUCAAUGUGGAAACAAAAUAUGGAAUAUUUUUCCACUAAUGAAAAGAAAAAACUUCUCUGUGUGUUCAUCUUUUUUGGGUAGUAAUAUCAAAAUAAUUUUCAAAAAUAUAUUUUUAUUACAAUAUUUUUCUUAACAUAAAAUACAAAUGAAAAUAAAGACAAUGGAAAGAAUAGGAAGUAAAGUGGAUAGAGAAGAUAAAGUAAGGAAAGAGGAAGAAAGAAACAAAAAAAAAAACAGUUAACUUCCUGGUUUUCCCCCCCCAAUGCAGUAAGUUACCUAAAUAAAGUUAAAGUAUCAACUUUUAACUUGAUACUGCCAAAUAGUAACUACAAGCCAUUCUAUAGCCCAUUUAAUUAUGAAAACCCAAAGUCAAAAUUUCAUUCCCCCUCCCUUUCAUACAGGUAAUCCAAAAGUGGUUUCCAAGUAACCACAAAACUAUUUACAUUCUUUAAUGCAGUUAACUCCACUGCCAUCUUCACUAGUUCAUCAUCUUCUCAAUUCAUUCCUUCAUUAUGUGGGUUAAUUCUUUCCAUUUUUGGGCACAUAAGAUUUUUGCAGCUGUCAACAUCUACAGUAACAAAGUUCCUAUUCCUGGGAAUAGGCAGCUGGCCUGAAGGGAAGAAACCUCUUAGCAGAAAGGUAGCAUAGCUGAUCAACAAGGUACAAGAGGUAUCAAAAGCUAUUGAAUUGGCGGAGGUUGCUCAGAGAGAAUAGUGGGGCAGGGGCGGAUUCCAGCAAAGAGAAAGGGAAAGCCUAGGAAAGUCUCUCUCUCCCUCUCUAUCUCUCCCUCCCUCCCUCUCCCUCCCUCCCUCUCUCUCACACACACAAAAAGAGACAUUUAGUAGAACGGUUGGAAAAGUGUUUAUAAAGAAGAACAACCAUCUGGGGGGAGAUUCACAGUGACCAUGAUGUCUUGAAAGGACCUCUUUCAAAGACUGUAGAGGUCAGAGGGGAGGAGAAGAAAGUAUUUGGAUUUGCCACAUGGAGGUAGUCCAAAAAUGGCUUUCUUAGACAAUCAAACUGAAGUUCCUCAGGACUACAUGGAGCACUUGACCCAAUUAUAAAUCCUAAAGGUUACUUUAAGGCCAAAAAGACCCCAAUCGUUUUAACUGCUGGGUAGGAAGGGGAAAGAAGCAAAAAGAAAAAAAAGAGAAUUUGGAAAGGAAAAAGAGAAUUUGGAAAUGGUGACAGAGAGAUUACUCAGCCUUGCCUUUUCCAAAAAUAGCACCCUUGGUUAAAGCGAAUAAUCUUUCUCCCUCUUUAUUAAGGUUAGUUAGGAGGAACUGGAGAUAAAAACUAGUAUGCUUCAAUGCAAUAAAGAAUAUUUUGUAAUGUAAGAAUGAAGGAGAAAUGGCUAAACAUACAGGGACAUAAUUGGAGGGCUGGGCCCCUUUUUUGAUCCUUUUUCCUCUGUGUAUGUUUUUUUAAGUGCUUGAAGAAUUUAAAGGAUGCAAUAGAUAUGUAGGGAGGCUUUUUUUUCUUUUUAAAGCUCCCCUUCAAAAAAAACCACAGUUAAAAUCAGAGAUAUUCCACUUAUUUUACUGGUGUGAUAUCUGGGACUCUUCUGAAGAUAACAAAAACAGGGCCGGUUAGCAAUAUGCAUACCAUGGGCUAAGAAUAUCCUGCCUUGAUCUAGAGCUUUCUGUAAAUAAACCUUAAUGGUUAGAAUUCUGGAGAAGAGGAACAUCAAAUAUGUGUAGUGGGGUGUUUUUUUUAGAGGAAUGAGGGUAGCAGGGCUUGAUAUUUACUGUAUGCAGUAAGGUCCUAGUGAGAACAAUAGAUGACUAUAAAACAGAGAGGUGGAGCAUUGGUUUUAGUAACAAAGAGUUAUAAGAUGACAGUCUAGCAGGCCAAAAUGAAGGGAAUAAAGAGAACAAUAGGGUUAACUAGGUCAACAGGAAACAAGGAAGAUGCUGAAGGAGCAAACAUGAUGAAGAAUGUGGGAAAGUGCCAAAAGUUUCCACCUUUACUCUACUGAAGAAGGGAUAGCAUAUUAACUGCAUCUUCUGGAAAUUGAAGUCCAGAAGACAUUCAAUUGGAGAAGACUGCUUUAAAAAUGGAAGAUAGAAAUUGUGCUCCUUCAGAUGUUCUUGGAUUACAACUCCCAGCAUCUCUCAUCACUGGUGCUGCAGUGCUUAAUGAGACUGCUGGAAACUGAAGUUCAGUCACAUUUGGGGGACCACUGAUUGCCUACUUAGGUUCUAAGAUUAGAGACAUGGGGGGAAAGCUGCAGUGGAAAACAGUGAUACCUCUGUAUUAACAUUUUUACAUGCAUGUUGCUUGACCAAAUUUAACAGCAGUACAGACAAGCAACUGAAGCUGUAGGAUCAGGUUUAUUAUUUAUUUUUUUAUAUUCUAUCUUUAUUAUUUUUAC